AAAAAAAAAAAAAAGGGCAGUAACUUUGACAGCACAGCAUUCAUUACCAUCUAAAGUAUCAGAGAAGAAAAUUAUGACAGCCCAGGAACACGAACGCGAACGCGAAGCACAGACCACACCCACAGUCCUGAUUGUGGGAGCAGGUCUCGGAGGCUUAAUGCUUGCCAUGCUGUUGGAACGCAUCGACGUCUCUUACCUUAUACUCGAGCGCGCUUCAGAAUUACGCUCUCUUGGCUCAGCAAUGACCAUGGGUGCAUCGAUUCUUCCAGUGUUCGAGCAAUUGGGCCUAUUGGAAGAGAUUAACAAGAUUUCACUGCCUGUUGAUAAGGCAGACUUUUACAAUUCUCGCAUCGAGAAAAUAGGUUGCAUCUGUGGGAAUAACCGUAAAACUACGGGAUAUUCUAAUCAUCUCUUUUCUCGUCCAAAGCUCCAUCAAAUUUUGCUAAAACAUGUCCAGCCUCACAAGAUUCAAUUGAACAAAAAGGUGGUUCGCAUCGAAGAAGUCUCAAACAAAGUUUAUAUCCAUUGUGCAGACAAUUCCACCUUUCAAGGAGACAUCGUAGUUGGAGCCGAUGGUGCCUACAGUAGCGUCCGCAAAUCCUUAUUCGCUCAGAUGAAACUAAAAGAUAUUCUACCUCGAAAAGAUGAAGAUUCGUUGGAGAUUGGAUAUAGUAGUCUCGUGGGUGUGACAUCUCCUCAGGAUCCAGAGAUUUUCCCACAGUUGAAGGAUCCAUUUUCGCACUUUUCACAAGUCAUUGGGGAUGAUACCCGUAGUUGGGGACUGGCCAGUAUGGCAGACAAUGAAGUCUCAUGGCUCCUUAGCUACCAGGUGACGCCUUCAGAGAGCAAGGCACGCAUGCAACAGGGCCGUGGUACGGGUUGGAGCAUGAGCACAGAUAGUGAGUCAAAUAACGUUGAUAUGAUGAUAAAAGAAUUUAGAGACUUGCCUUCUCCAUGGGGCGGAACAAUGGGAGAUUUCUUUGAUAAAACACCCAAGAAUCAGAUCACAAAGGUGUUUUUAGAAGAGAAGAUGUUCACAACUUGGUACCAUGGUCGGACUGUCCUUUUGGGCGAUGCUUGCCACAAGAUGCUCCCAUCUGGCGGUCAAGGCGCAGUGAAUGCAAUGCAGGAUGCGGUAGUUCUUGCCAAUUGUAUCUACUAUAUGAAAGGUAGAGAUCUCGAAGAUUUUACGGCCGCGUUUAAAGAGUAUCAUCGCCAACGGUAUCCGUGUGCAAAAGCACAGUAUAUUCGUAGCCAUAACAUCGCGAAAUAUAUGUCUGGCCAGUCUUGGUCAGAGCGAAUCAUCCGUUAUGUGAUCUUUAACUGGGUCCCUAGCUGGGUUCAUGCAAAUGGAUACGCACAGAGCGUAGAAUAUCGACCCCAGAUUGCAUGGCUUCCGCUAGUUGAGAACCGAGGCACAUGGCCUGUCAAACCCCAGGAUGAACCACAGCAGCUUCUGACAGUCGAAUAUGCUGAUGACGCCAAAGCCCGUAGUGCUUAAAAUAAGCAGGAAUAAAAGCACUUUCCCUUUUACUUCUUAAUAUUGGCCGUAGCUAAUUUGGGUUCAUAGACUUGUAGC